AUGCAAAUUGAUCCAAAUGCAUUUAGUGGUACUCCAGAAGAACAAAAUGCUAAAUCUUUAGAUAAACAAUCCAAAAUAGAGGAGCUAGCAAGGCUAAAUUUACUAAAUGAUGAAUUUCAAUGUCUAAGUAAUAUUACAGAAGAAAAUGGAGAGAAUAUAAUAUUUAGAGAGCAAAAUUUAGGCCCUGCAUUAAAAAGACGAGCUGUAGCAGUACAUAAUGCAAAAGCCCCCAGAUUUAAUCCAAAUAAUGGAAGUGAUAUAAGAAAAAUGCUAGAGAGUCAAAGAAAGCAAUUUCAAGAUUUACUUGAAAAAGAAUUUGAUAAGCACAGGCAAUUCAAAUUUGCAUUAUGUUCUCUUACAAAAUUUAUAGUAGAUAAAAAACCAGGAGAUAAUAAGGAGACAGACAAGAAAAAUCCUACAAGAAGGGAUUGGCUAAGAAAUAAACAAAUUAUAGUAUAUAAUCGGGCUGAAAUAGAUGAUUAUUUAAGUAAUGCUUUCGAACAAAUUAUAUAUCAAGUUGAGGAAAGAGGCAGGAAAUCUAAUGCUUAA